GGUCAAUUUCGGGUAUGGGCCAAUGCGGGGCGGGUCGACGCGGGUUUGCGGGGCAUUCGAGACCCGCGUGUCUUCUUCACCAGAGACGUUUGGUGUUCUGCUAACCGACGAAAAAGGUGAGAAAUGGCGACUGUGGAGGCAAUUCUGAACCUUCUCUUCCACUCGUCGACUAAGGUCACCACUGAGCCUUAUCUUCAUCACCUCUUCCUCGAUCUACCACCAUCUACCAUCUAUACAGAUGUGCUGAGAAGCUUUACUACAAAAUUAGACACACAUGAACCACCACCACACGAGUCAAGCAACAACAAAGAAAUGAGGACAGCAUUUUCACUACCCGCGGGCCGGACCGCAAAGUCCUAUAUAGCAAGCGGGGCGGGUUUGGGUAGAGGUUUGGGAACCGCGGGUUACGGCGGGCUGACCCGCAAAGAUCCGCCAGAGAUAGAGACCGCAGCGGGGCGGGCCACGGCGGUGCGGGUUGUCCCAAUUGCCAUUCCUAAUAUAUGGUGUCUAUUUAGCACCAUCAAUGCCUCUUUUAAUGAUCUGAUCUCCUUUAUGUUUUUGAUUGACCGGUUAUUUUUGCGUUGACUUUCUCCAUAACCUCUUCGUUCUUCUUUGAUUUGUUAUCUUAGGGCGGUUAUUGGUUUAAGAAUUUUUAAAGAAUUAUAAAAUUUUAAGAAUCCAUGGUUAUUGGUUUAUGAAUUUUAAAACUCUUUUCAAAAUUCAUUGUUAUUGGUUUAAACACUUUUAAAUUUUAUUUAAAUCUUUUGUUAUUCAAAAAGUUUAGUUUUUAUUGAUUUUGAUAUUCUAUUAAAUUCUAUGGUUAUUGGGAACUAAAUUCUUUAUAUUUUUACUCAUAAGCUAGACUUUGAAAAUAGCAUGUCUACUCAUAAGAUUUCUGAAAUCUGUGUACUAAUAAAAACAUUCCCACAAUAAUAAAAGAGUAAUUCUUGGGUUCACCCCCUAAGGUGAACCUCUAGGUUCACCAACCAAUAGAAUUUCAUUAUUUCAAAUUUGAUAUCUUCUAAAAAAGGAAACAAAAUAUUGUCAAGUUAUAUUAUGUUUUUAAAAUAAAAAGGUAAAAAAAAUAAUAGUUACAAAAAAAAAGUUUUUAAAAAAAAAAUAUUAUUAACGUCGUCAGCAAAAUACUAAACCCUAA